CCAAUUGUUCAGUAUACAUACCACAUCAAUACUAAUGCUGUUGAAAAAUGAUAGGUACGAAUGGGAAAUGCAAAUAGCAAGGCGCCGGAAGAGAAAAAGGUGUCAGAUGUGCAUGUACCCCCUCUUGCUGACCUACAUUCACAAGGGAGCCAAGGCCAUAAUGUUGACGGAAAUGUUGAUGAAUACAACCCAGCAAUCAUUCCCGUAGCUGACAAUGUUGACAAUUAUCAAAUGACUCCAGACUUGGAAGCACACAAGGAAACAGAUGGAACUGGCAUGACACGGUUAGAGCAGGACGAGCUUACAAACCUAACCAAACACCCUCUUUCUGAGAUAACAAUUGUUCAUCAGCCAGGGCAUGCGAGUUUACACAACCCAUCAUUCUGUAACCAUGAUGUUGCUUCGUUCCCUGGUCCGAGUACUCUCACAGAUAUUUGUGCCUGCGGCCUUGCAGGAAGUUCAUUUGACAAUAAUGUGCCUUCGUUCCCGGAUAGGAGUACUCUUGCAUCACUUUAUGCCACAGGUCACACAGAAGGCUCAAGAGCCAGAGAAUCUGCCCACAAUGAUGUGUGUCUUAAUGCCCUUGGUUGUGGUGGUUCAGAGCUUGUGACAUCGUCUACCCCAACAUGUGAUGUAUACCCAACUCAUUCCCAGACAACGUGUGCUGUUGUGAAUGACCAAGUGAGUUAUAGCAUAACAGACGACAAAAGGGAGCAGAGAAACGCACGACGGCGAGCAACUUAUCGAAAGAAAAAGGAUGAUCAGGUCAAGCUCCAAAAUGAAAAGCAGACUGUUUCCCGACCCCCUCUUGGUGAUAUCACUAAUAUUAAUCAGCCUUCCGGUUCAAUGCCAGAUUAG